AUGCCAGAUCAAUCGGCGAUCUACAUUGGAACUGCGUUCAUUGCAGGUGUCGGUCUAGCUCUAGUUUGCAAAGAAGUGCUGUCCUCCCAGCACAAAGAGGAAAGAUCGGCCUCCCAGAAACCAGCUUCAGAUGCGCUUAUUGCGCGGUCAGGACCUCCAGCAAUAGUGGAAGGUAUUGAAGGCUGUAUUGGAAACACUCCAUUAUUCCGGAUCAAGUCAUUGUCAGAUGCAACAGGAUGUGAGAUUUUAGGCAAGGCCGAAUUUCUAAAUGGCGCAGGCCAGAGCUCAAAAGAUCGAGUGGCACUUAGCAUGAUUGAACUGGCCGAAGAACAAGACAUCCUUACGCCCCAUUCAGGCGACACCAUCUAUGAAGGCACGUCUGGAUCAACAGGUAUCUCACUCGCAACACUCGCACGAGCAAAAGGCUAUUUAGCACACAUCUGCCUGCCCUCAGACCAGGCAAUUGAAAAGUCGAACCUCCUUCUCAAGCUCGGCGCGAUAGUGGAUCGCGUGCCCCCGGCACCAAUCGUCGAGAAAGACAACUUCGUCAAUCGUGCACGGGCACUAGCCCAAGCGCACACGGCCUCAUCAAAAUCCGUCAACCUCACAGCCGAAGAAGGCGAUCAGCCCGAGCAAGAGACUCUAGACCGCAUGGGCCGCGGCCGGGGAUUUUUCGCCGAUCAGUUUGAGAACGAGGCAAAUUGGCGCGCUCACUAUCAAGGCACAGGUCCGGAGCUCUUCGCUCAGUGUGAGGGGAAGAUGGAUGCCUUCAUUGCUGGUGCUGGUACAGGCGGGACUAUCUCUGGUGUGGCGAGGUAUUUGAAGCCCUUAUUGCCUAAUAUCACGAUCGUACUGGCAGAUCCACAAGGGAGUGGGCUGUAUAAUCGUGUCCGGUAUGGAGUGAUGUUCGAUCUUAGAGAAGGGGAGGGGACGAGGCGGAGGCGUCAGGUUGAUACUAUCGUUGAAGGUAUUGGCAUCAAUCGUGUGACUGCGAAUUUCGAGGCUGGGAAAGAGCUUGUGGAUGACGCGGUGAGAGUGACUGAUGCCCAGGCGUUGGCGAUGGCGAGGUGGUUGGUUGAGAAGGAUGGGAUCUUCUUGGGGAGUAGCAGUGCCGUCAACUGUUUUGCUGCGGUUAAGACGGCGAUGAAGAUGGGACCUGGGCAUAGGAUCGUGACGGUGUUGUCUGAUUCUGGGUCAAGGCACCUGUCGCGCUUCUGGGCUAAGGCUGGGGAUGUGGGUGGUGCGGUUGAUACGAAGCUUGAGGAUGUUCUGAAUGCUCGUGAUGAGGACUUUGAGUAA